UUGCAGAUCCCAGCAUUUUUGACGACCUGGCUAAAAAUGCACGAUCCCAUUAUUUUUCCUUUGGUAAGGAACAGCAUCGAGUCUGGGUUGACGAGAUGUGUACCGCCGUUCGUCAAAGCCAGUUCGCCAUCAGCUCCGUUCCUCCGGAUGUGCUAGAUGAUUUUAUCGCGUCAAAACCGGAACAAAUUCGCGAGCGAGCAUGGCUGGUGAUGUUCUAUAGCAUCGCGCUGAGCAACCUUGAUGGGAGCGAGUCAUCAGCUUGCACUGCGCGGUUGAGGAGCAAUCUCUGGCUGGCUUUCAACGAUGUUAGGUUUCUUCUUGAGCCUAGUUUUCUGAACAUCCACGCCCUAGUUACAAUGACGUUGCACGCCGAGAAAUAUCUGGCGCCGUACGCUUGCUGGGCAUUGAUAAGUAAGGCAUGUACGAUGCUCAUAGCGUUAGGCAUAGGCACACAUGCUCACAUCGACUCUACUACGAGGAAGCAGCGCGAUGCUUUAUUCUGGCGCUUGAACUCCUUGGAUAAAGCCUUAUCACUGAUCCUAAGCCGGUCUCCAAUAUUUCAACGCGAUCUGAUGAACGCAGUGCCACUUCCAACAAUGGAAGAGCUAUUGUCCACUCGAAAUCGUUUAGAUGGUAUGCCAAUACUAUUUGAAGCGCAUUUCGACCAUCAGAUGAAUUUGCUAUCGCGCGUACAGGCCGAAGUAUGGCAUUGCUUACCGGGUCAAGAAACACAAAAUGUAGAUAAAGUUCGCAAAGACUUAGAAUCGUGGUACACUGAGGCAACAAAGAUUCUCGAAGCGUCUGCGCUAGUAGAGAUGCCUCUUCUAAGUACCCGUGGUCAGUUGUCCGUCGAUCUUCGCUUGCAAAUAUUGCUUCUUAAUUAUUAUUACCUUGAUGUAUUACUCAUGGUUGCCUCGAAAGAUCUCAGAUCACAAUGCGUCGUCCCGGCGCAGAAGCUGCUAGACCUACUUCCUCAUCUCGGGGAGCUUCUAUCGUACGAUACAAAAGAAACGCAUACUUGCAUGCUAUGGGAAUGGCUGCAUUACCCCAUGAUGGCUUUUGGGACUCUUUGGGGUCAGGUCCUAUCGAAGGGCGUAAGUAGUCACGAACAGAGUGAACGCAUUCUCAAAAAACUGCAUAAUGUACCGAAGUACCUGGAGCGUCUCGAGUCGCGACACAUCAUCAUUGGCGGAAAGCUCAAGGGCAUCACAGAAAGGAUCAUUCACCACGUGAGCGCCAUUUAUGACGCGAGUUCUCCAACACAGCAACGCGUAGCUGCAAAAGAUGAUACGGCCGACUCCGCAACAAAUCAGUCACGUACGUAUCCUUCGAGCACUAUCGAUCCUUUCGACAUGCCAAGCACAUCAACAGAUGCGACGUUCAAUGCUCCAGUGGAGGAUUUGAUGCCUUUACCAGACGACUUCUUCUUGGAUCCCUCGUUCGAUUGGUUUUCCUGGGAAGAUCAGGUCAGUCUUUGAAGCUCAAAGAACUGCCAAUGACAAGUUAGAUUUCACAGA